GCUUCGUACGCCUUCACGACCUUGGUCACAACAGACGAAUAUCUACCCGCGGCCCUCGUCGUAGCCCACUCGCUGCGUCUUGCCCACGAAGCAGCAGAUGCUCAAGAUAAGAGCGGCCUCACCGGCCCACGCAGCGAAGACAUCGACCUCGUCGCUCUCGUCACUCCUGGCUCCCUGUCUGUCCAGUCAAUACGAGCGCUUCUCCGCGUCUACGACCGUGUCAUCGGCGACGGAGACGACAGCAACGCAGUCGUCGACUUGAGUGACGCUAACCUUGCUCUUCUGGACCGACCGGACCUCGGCGAGUCACAAGGAGCUGCCCUCACCAAGUUGCACGCCUGGCGCCUGACCGACUACCGCAAAGUCGUCUACCUUGACGCCGAUUCGCUUGUGCUUCGCCCCCUCUCGCACCUUUUCCACCUCUCGGCAACCUUUGCCGCUUCGCCCGACACAGGGUGGCCAGACAUCUUCAACUCGGGCGUGAUGCUUCUUGAGCCCUCGCAGGACACGUUCGAGGGGCUGCUCAAUCUGGCAGCAUCGAGCGGGACCUGGGAUGGGGCAGACCAAGGGCUGAUCAACGAGUUCUUUGGCGGUGAGAAGGGCAGCGGAGCAGAAGGAGCUGGUGGAGGGUGGACAAGGCUGCCCUUCACUUACAACAUGACU